AGUUCAUUAGUGCUGUGUAAAAAUGCAAAUGGUCGAGAUCAAGGACGGUCUAGAGAAUGGAAACUUGUUAAUGCCGAGGAGUUCUGAAAAGACAAAUGAAGAGACUUCGUCCGAGAAAGUUUAUGUCACAAGGAAUUCACUUUUGACGGAAAUACUGAAAUCCAAAACUGCCUGUAGUUUGUAUAACGGGCUGAUGGUCAUCUUGAUUUUCUAUUGCCUCAACAUCUUAGUGCAAAAUGCCUUGGCGAACAAGUCUAUUAUAAAUAUGACCAUGUUAAUGUGGACAUUUGGUCAUCUUUUCGAGACUGUCGUCAUGUGGUCAACAAUGAUGACCAGUACAGUUAUAUUUAUCUACUUUCCAUUUAGAUGCUGGAAGAGAUUCAGAACAACGGACAAUGCAAAUAUUGUAGAUAGACUCUGGAUCAGUUAUAUCGUCCUCUACCACUUGUUGUUUCUUGUGGUUCCAUUGAUUGUAUUAGUACAACUACAAUUACCUCCAAUGUCUUCCUUAAUCAUAAGCAUGGAGCAGAUCAGAAUGUUUAUGAAAGUUCAUUCAUUUUUCAGAGAAACCAAACCAAAAUUAAAAAACAAAUCAAGUCUUCAUGAAAGCCUUCAAAAAACUUCAAAUCCAGAGUUGUCUUCUUAUCUUUACUUUUUAUUUUGUCCAUGUCUUGUUUAUCGCGACAAAUACCCCAGAACACAAACUAUACGAUGGAAGUGUGUAACAAGCCAUUUUCUUCAGUUUCUAGCUUGCGCUAUGUUCAUGUAUAUUAUACUAGACGAGUUCUUUAUCUCGAAGUUUCAGGAUUUCAAUAAAGAAAACAUCACAGUGCACUAUUUUGGUCCUUCUUUACUAAGCGCACUGGUGCCAUCAACCUUUCUGUUGAUUUUACUCUUUACUUUACUGUUACAUGCUUGGUUAAAUGCAUUCGCAGAAAUGAUGCGUUUCGGGGAUAGAUUAUUCUACAAGGACUGGUGGAACGCGUCAUCAUACUCCCAUUAUUUCAAAACAUGGAAUAUUGUGGUACAAGAUUGGAUCUAUUUCUAUUUAUACCGAGAUUUUUUACGGUUGACUCAAUGUAAAGCAGGAGCAAGAUUGAUAGUGUUUUUCAUCUCAGCUUUCUUUCAUGAAUACGCCAUAUCGGUUGCAGUCAAGUGCAUCUACCCUUGUUGUUUUAUUUGCUUUGCCGGAAUUAGUUAUGGAUUCACUUUUAUACAUGUUAAAGAAUACAGUAGACUCUGGAAUCUCUUCGUUUUGUCCUCGCUAUUCGUCGGUAAUGGAAUUCUAAUGGGACUGUACAGCAUCGAGUUCUAUGCCCGUCAAAAUUGUCCUCCAACUAUUGAAGGUCCGGUUGACCUGGUGAUACCCAGGUCAUGGUUUUGUAAAUCAUAAGAAAUCUGGUGAAUUCGUUUCUUUCAUGAAUGUUGAUGUCAAGACAAAAGCUGCACGUGUUGCGGGUCUUCUAAAGUAUUACCUGAACUUGAGUGAUAUUUUUGUCUUUUAAACAAAUAUUUGUAAAGCUUUCUUUUGUAUAUAAACUAUGUUUGUAUUUAUACAUAAUUAGAAUCCAACACUUACAUAUAGUAUAAUUUCCACUAAUAGUAUUUAAGCAUGCAUAUGUCCAAGUUCGAUUUGAAUAUGGACGAAUAGUCUUUCUUAUAAUUGCUUUUAUAAAAUGAAUUUUUCAUUCUAGAAGAUGCAUAGAGAAUGUUUCCGUUAGGUGCUCUGCAGACACAUCUCUGCUUCGAGCGCCCUUGAGACGUAGCUAAGCUGUUUGUAACCCUCCCACACAUAUGCCAACAUUUGAAAAUCAACCAUUACUGAUAUGACAAUAAAAGUAGAGUCACCAAUCCUUGCUGUUGCUUUAGUAAUAUCUCACUGACACGAUACUUUUGAGUCUGUUUGUCACGAUGUUUUGUUGAUGUUACGACGAAAUUGUGUUGAUCAGACAUUACGUUGCUGAUGUUCUAAUUUCGUACAGUUCUUUACAUUAGAUAAUUUCAGAAUUCUUGCUCAGGUUAAUCAUCAUUUUAAAUUUAAAGUUAUUUUAUGACAGGCCUACUGGAGAGUUAAGUGUGAUCUUGUUACUUGAGAGAUUAUAUUAUAUUUUGAAGCUACAUUUUAUACACUUUUUCUCAAUCUGUACAAUUGUGAAUGUUACGAUUGCCAAGUUGUAAACUUUGUGAAUCUUAUUUUACAUGCUGAUGAAUGUUAUUAUUGUUUACAUUAAUAAACUAUAUUUAUGAGUCUGUAGAUCUUA